AAGAACCAAGAUUCCGUUUUCAUGUGCUUUCGAAGGCUUCUUGACAUCAUACGAUAGCGAUAAUCAUCUUCCUUAUCUUCUGCGUUCGAUCUUUUUAUUUUUCCGCGGAUAACAGUAACGAGAUAUAUAGUGUCUAGGACUGGUAUAAGUUCAGCCAAUUCCUGUAGGGAAUCUCAUUGAUGUCCCAUGUAAUGAAAUAAAGCAAUUAUGUCAAGCCAAACGGUUGGUAUACUUGAAAGAGUAAUUAAAGCCAGAUUGGGGUCAGAUGUCUCUUUAAGCAUUCGUCAAAUUCAUCCCAGAAGUGUUUGUGAAAUUAUGGAAUCGCAGACUCUGAUUUACGAUUUUAAAAAGCACCUCGGGCAAGCUACUUCCAUGUCACCGUGUAUUCCCAUUAAUAAUUUUCAGUAUUAUGUAACGCGGUAUAUUCGCAAUUUUUUAUGUAUUGUAAGCAAUGAUAUAUUUUAUCAAAUAAAGAAGCUUUCUUGCGUAUGCAAGCUCCAAACGCAUAUAACCUUGAAUAUUUUUUCCGUAUUAACAACCAUGUCUGUUUGUGAAGCAAGAAAAGGCCCAUCCGUUCUUGAGGGGCAAAGGGGACAGGUAUUGAGACAGCGCACCUUUCAACAUGAUCCAGUCUACGAUAUACACAGUAAAGAACAUAUCGAUGAUCUUGUGCAUGUCACAAUUCGGAGCGAUCUUUUUAAAAAUGUAGAGGGGGCAAUGGUAAAGACAAAGGCAUUAGCUAAAAUGGUUAUAUACGCCGGCGCCAGUAUUGAUUCGAUUAGGAAACGCCCAAAGGUACCAGACAUUCCAGAUGUCUUUUAUGAUUUAGUAGAGGCAUUCUAUUAUUCGUUACGAGAAGGCGGUGAGACUGACUCUGGGAAUGUGAUCGCUUGCUCAUGCAGAUUUUACUAAAACAACCGGAUCAUUUGCCGAGUCGACUGCGCAAUCAAGAAAAUCAUAGACGUCGUGAACGAGGAGCUGUAAGCUAUAAUCGAGGGUAAACAGGAGGACUUAGUGGCGGGUUUCGUGCAAAACGUAAUGCAACUCGAGAGUUCCCACCAUACGAAUACAAGA